GGUGCUGUGAAAAAGCGUCAGAGUGAAGCGUCCUGCUCUUCAGAGACAGUCUCUGGUGGACUACCAGUCAUCUCAGCUCAAGGGUUAUUAUUUCUCCCCGUUUUGAAACAAAAACGCCACUAUGUUUGCGGUCAGAAACAGCCUUCGCGUCGGCUCCAGGUUGUUCAGCCCGGCGGGGAGGAGAGGCUGCGCCGGGGCCGCCAUCCCGGUGGACGACGUGGUGAACGGACUCACUGAUGAGCAGGUCCAGCUGAGGCACACUGUUCGUAAAUUCUGCGCUGAAAAACUUGCACCAUAUGCCGAUGAGAUUGACAAGAAAAAUGAGUUUCCGGGAAUGAAGGAUUAUUGGACAGCCAUGGGGGAGAUGGGACUGCUGGGGAUCACUGCUCCAGUGGAAGAUGGAGGCACAGGACUGGGCUACCUGGAUCACGUCAUUGUUAUGGAGGAAAUGUCGCGGGUGUCGGCAGCCAUCGCUCUAAGUUACGGCGCCCACUCGAAUCUUUGCGUCAACCAGAUGGUGCGUCACGCCAAUCCGAAACAGAAGGAGAAGUACAUGCCAAAGUUGAUGACAGGGGAGCAUAUAGGAGCUCUGGCCAUGAGUGAGCCUAAUGCCGGCUCUGAUGUUGUUUCCAUGAAACUGAAAGCCACAAAGAAAGGUGACCACUAUGUUCUGAAUGGCAACAAGUUUUGGAUCACAAACGGCCCAGAUGCCGACGUGCUCAUUGUGUAUGCCAAGACGGAUCCGAAGGCGCAUCAAAAAGGCAUCACAGCUUUUAUUGUUGAAAAGGGCAUGCCAGGAUUCUCCACAGCACAGAAGCUCGACAAACUCGGCAUGAGAGGGUCCAACACCUGCGAGCUGAUUUUUGAAGACUGCAAAGUUCCAGAGGAGAACAUCCUGGGUCCACUGAACAAAGGCGUGUAUGUGAUGAUGAGCGGGUUGGAUCUGGAGAGGCUGGUACUGGCGGCAGGUCCUGUUGGGAUCAUGCAGGCUGUGUUGGAUAAUUCUGUUCCCUACCUGCACAUCAGAGAAGCAUUUGGCCAGAAGAUCGGACACUUUCAGCUCAUGCAAGGCAAGAUGGCUGACAUGUACACCAGGCUGAGCUCCUGCCGGCAGUAUCUGUACAACGUGGCCCGAGCUUGUGACAAAGGACACUUCAGUGCCAAAGACUGCGCUGGAGUCAUCCUGUAUUGUGCUGAGAAUGCCACUCAGGUUGCUUUGGAUGGCAUUCAGUGUCUCGGUGGGAACGGCUACAUCAAUGAUUACCCAGUGGGCCGUUUUCUACGAGAUGCAAAGCUGUAUGAAAUCGGCGCAGGCACGAGUGAAGUCCGCAGGCUCAUCAUUGGACGAGCUUUCAACACCAUGUUCAAAUAAGCACGACAGAGAAAUUGCGUUCACUAGGACAGACUGAGUGGUUUGCUGUGGAUGAACAGUUACUCACACCAAGGACCUUAGUACUGAAGAUGUUUCUGUCUCCCACGGUUCACUGGUAUUAUUUAUUCAAACAUGUUAUACAUGAAAUCACUCGAGUCAACAGUGAAAACACAACCUAACCUGGCAAAAAACUGUUUUCAAGUCCAUCCAUGUUGAGUGGCCUUGUUCCUGUGGCUUUUUUGUUUCUUUUUUUUUUUCCUGGUAAAACUAACUGGUCUCAUUUACAGUCUGU